ACUAAAUUCAAUGAAUAACAUUGUGCUGUUAAUCACCUGGGUUAGCAAUCCCAAUGAGAAUCCGGGUCACGGAUUUGAACAAUUAUCUAUAUCCGGGUCACGUCAGGUUUUAGCCGUUGGUUACCAUGGUAACAAGUUAUAAUAAUAUCAAGAAUGACACUAUGAAAGAAGCUAACCUGAUACAUCCAAUGAUGUUCUGUCUGUCUUUGAACACAGGAAGCAAAACCAUGUUGAAACAAGUCAGAUUAAAACUACAUAAUAUUUAGAGCACCAAAAUCAGUGGUAUUAAAUAAACUAAUAGACAUUUUGGAUAUUAAAGAAAGGUGGUUGUUUGGUAAAACUAGCGAUAAUUCAUAACUUGUAGCAUGUGCUGUUAGUAGGUAGAUGUUAGAAGGUGCCUCAGUAGAUAGAAGUUGGAAGAAAAAGUCCGAGCGAGAUCAGACGAUUCCCAAAAUUUACACCAAAACAGGAGAUAAAGGAUUUUCCAGCACUUUCACAGGAGAGAGGCGGCCGAAAGAGGACGGUGUUUUUGAAGCUCUGGGUACGACGGACGAGCUCUCGUCUGCCAUCGGGCUGGCUAGAGAGUUCUGCCUCGAGAAAGGACACGCCUUCACCCAUCAGUUAGACAAGAUCCAGUGUGUGCUGCAGGACGUGGGCUCGAACAUGGCUACUCCUCGCUCAUCAGCCCGAGAGAGCCACAUAAAGAAGACGCAGUUCAGCAGUGAGCCUGUGGCAGAGUUGGAGAGUUGGAUUGAUGCCUACACGGACGAGCUUCCUCCUCUUACACACUUCAUUCUGCCUUCUGGGGGGAAAAGCAGCGCCGCCCUGCAUGUGGCUAGAUCUGUGUUUCACCGGGCCGAGAGCUGGUCAGUGACACACACACACACACACACACACACACACACACACACACACACACACACACACACUCUCUGUAGAUCUGCAUUAUUGUUUAGCAUGUAUCAUUAUGAUGUCAUUGUUGGUUCACACGUGUCACUUCCUGUGUCUCUGCAGCGUGGCUCCUAUAGUGCGUUCAGGUGAGGCCGAUCCCGACGUCAGCAAAUAUCUCAACAGGUUGAGUGAUUACCUGUUCACACUGGCCAGAUACACAGCUAUGAAAGAAGGAAACAUGGAGAGGAUCUACAGGAGACCCGAAUGAACUUCCACAAAAUCAGAAAUAAACUUUCUUUUAACAAAAUUAUUCGGUUCCUCCAGAU